UUGUUAAUUGAUAAGUUUAAUAAUAACUAAGAAAGGAGACAAGUAGGUUCACGGCGGUCACAAGUCCUUGUUAAUUAAUUUAAUUUCUAAACAAAUGUAUUACUUUCAAAGGGUGAUUUUAACCUUCGGAUGUUUAAUAGUUGUUAUUCAAUGUGAUGAUUUCGAGUACGACUGCAUGACGCCGAAUAUGGAACACGGAUGGUGCGUGGAAGCAAAAUACUGCAAACCAAUGGUCAAAGUUCUCACAAGUUUACAAUAUCCCGUAUCACAAAAUCUUAGGGAUGAAUUGAAUAAGUACGUUUGCAGUUCAAAUGAGGUCAUUUACGUUUGUUGCACCAGCAAUCCUAUUGUACUCCAAGCCAGGAAUUCUAAUGACGAACAAAACCAGGAUUACCAUCGAAAGUGCAAGACACCAGCCGGCGCUGAUGGCUCCUGCAUCAAUUUGAAUAGCUGCCAGCAGAUUUUAGAAGCCAUGAAGUCACUGAAACGACCGGUAUCUCCAAGUUUAAGUCAACAGAUAAUGAAAUACAAGUGCGGAAUAGAAAAUGGAGGUGUCAAGGUAUGCUGUCCGGAUGAACCGGUAACGUUCAACGAUGGUGGCUCCGCUUCAGUAACGCCGGACGUCUCCAGACACAGGAACCUACGAUUACUACCUGAUACUUGCGGGUACAAUAACGUCGGCAACGAUAAGAUUGUGAAUGGUCGAAACGCUCAAUUGAACGAGUUUCCUUGGAUGGCACUUCUUGGAUAUAGUUCGUAUCGUGGUACAGUGUAUAAAUGUGGCGGUACAAUAAUUAACGAUAGGCACAUCUUAACGGCUGCACAUUGCAUUAAAUCUCCGCAGAAUCCUUAUACUGUCAGAGUGGGAGAGUACAAUCUUGCGACUCGAAAUGACUGCGUAACGCUAUUAAACGGCAAAGUAAAAUGCUCUCCUAGGGUUCAGAAUCUGGCAGUAGAACAAAGUAUUAUACAUCCCGAGUAUAAUAAUCGAACUAUAACUAAUGACAUUGCUCUAAUUAGAGUACAAAAGAUUAGCAUAAACAUAGAAAACAUUCGACCGAUAUGUUUACCAUUAGAUAAUCUCAGAAACUCCAUUCCCGAGUAUUUAAUAGCGACAGGAUGGGGAGUAUCAGAUACCCGAUUAGGCCGAAGUAGCGAAAUUUUGCAGAAGGUAAGCAUGCCGGUGGUAGACCUUAGAACUUGUACCAACAAUUAUCGUUUAGCGAGGCGGGUGAGACUUAGUGAAAAACAAAUAUGCGCUGGAGGAAGAAAUAAUCGAGAUACUUGCAGAGGUGAUAGUGGAGGGCCGCUUCAACAGAUCAGAUUUUACAACGGACAAGCCAGAUUCAUUCAAUAUGGUGUAGUGUCGAUUGGUCCAAGAGAGUGCGGCGAAGACGAGAAACCCAGCGUCAAUACAAAUGUAGCUUAUUACAUGGAUUGGAUUUUAGAUACGUUGAUACCUUAA